GACAACAAUGCCACUAAAUUGCCAUUGUGCAGUUAAUAUAUAUUUUCAAUCCUAAUGUAGUUAUAUGGUGUGUACCCUUGUGGAUAAGAUGUUGUUUAAGGGCCUUGCUAGGUAUGCUACUAUUUGCAGUGACUCUGAGAGUUCUUCUGAGGAAAGUUCGUUAAUAGAAGGCACUGUUUCUGCUGAUUCGCGACCGUCUUCUUCCGAUGUGUUUCACGAUACUGACAACCUUGAUGUCUGUGUUGAUGCGAUACCUUUAGACAGUGUCUACUACAACACGAUUAUAAAGAUUAAUCGGAACGACACUAGUAAUUUGGAUGACUUUGAGCGUGAUAUUCGCAAGCGGGAUCCCACUCUGCAUUUUGCGAAAAGCGCUCAGGGUUUAUCAGGCAUAUUGCGUAAUGGCUUAUCUGAAACUCCUAGACCGCAGCAGUUGAUAUGGUUAAUUGCUCGUUUUGAGGCAAUAUGUCAGCGUCUUCAUGAGUCUGGUAAUAGCAUCUGCAGUAUCGUAUCCGGUAACGCUAGCAUGACUGUUAAACAGUUAUUGCAACUAUUUGAGAAGGAGCGUAAGAAGAUAUUCGGUUCUGUUGACUUCUUUCCCAUUGGUGAGCCUUAUUUAGGUAUUCCUCCAUUCAGUCACUUUUUCAAGCGUGAGGAGCUGUUCUACUUUGGCCUUUGUUCUAUGCCUUAUGACGAAGUAUCAAUCCACUCUAUUGAGGGUACCAUUGAUGCUGUUCAAUCUCUUAUAUUGGAUGAUUCCCAGUGUUUACGUUAUGAUUUGGGUACUCGUUUUGUAUUAUAUUCUCAUUUUGAGAAUUGUGGUAAUGACACCGUUCAAUACACAGACUGUAGCGAGGCCUUAUUUCAUUCUUGGAUAAAUGAAACUCCUAUAAGGAUUGUUCGUGCUUUCAAUGCUAUUUCUCGGUACGCUCCUCUUUGGGGUUACCGUUACGACGGUCUUUAUCGCAUUAUCGGUAUGUAUUCUGACAACAACAAGCAGGGUUACCGUGUUUGGGCAUAUAUAUUUAGUGUCUGUAACCCUGAGCUUGAGCCUCCUGUGUUUGUGCCAUCAGAGGAGCACUUUGAAUUGGGUAGCAUUACUGACCAGGAGUUGAAAUCAUAUUUAUCAAUGCAGUUUGAGUUGCAUAUGAAGUCUCAGCGUAUAUUACGUCGUCGUUUACCUGAAGAUUUAAGGCGCGUUGAUGUAUAUUUAUCUGGCCAGCAUUUAUUUACUAUAGCUGUACCUCACUUAUUACGUCACAAUUCUAGGACGGUUGGCAGUUCGAGGUUACCUUUGGUCGUCAACUUUGCGAUAAUCUACCGUUACAUAAAGCGUUUAUGUGAAAAGACUGGUUUAGCUAAAGAUUGGUUAUCUGGUCCCGUUGCUGAGUACGAGCGUGGUCGUCGUGAGGUUUCUGAUGUUUGGUGGUCCCGUGGUGGAUUCUUGCCUAUGAAGUUGAUGAUGCAAUAUCAGGAGCCUCGUCGUUUACUACGUGUGGAUAUGGGUGACGGUACAUAUCACAAGCGUGUUGUAUCGCACAGUGUCCGUUACCAAAAAUCUUUGGCUAUAAAUCGUGAGAUGGCCAAGACUAUUGCACGUCCAUUUUUUCCGCAGUCUGAUACCGAUAGCAUAUGGACAUAUCUGGAUCUUGCGGAACCCAUGCCAUCUUCUUGGAACCCCUACGAAGAUAUUAGUGCGGGUUCGGAGAUACAUCCAAUUCCUGUGAUAAACAAUGUAGACGAUGAGUUACCUCCCAUGGUGUUCACUUAUAUCCGUAGCAAUAUUUACUUUUCACGUCUUCCGCAGUUAAACUUUGACCCUGUAUGUGCUGGUUGUGUGCCUGACGGUGUUAAGAAAGGUGCUUGUCAGCCUGUGGCCAUUAACGGUUUUUGCAUGGGUCUCAUGGACUCCAACGGCCGGGUAUACUGCCAGGGUAUAAACAAGAGCUACUUAUCUACUAUUCAAUCUCGUGCUGCAUGCUCAGAUAAUUGUCCAUGUUCUGACAGUUGUACAAAUCGUCUUGCUGAGGGUGUUCAGUUACCUGUGAAGUUAUUGAAGACCAGUAACAUGGGCUGGGCUCUUCACUGCAUGGUGCCUAUAUCUGCUGGCACUUACAUUAUGCAGUACAUUGGUGAGAUCAUUUGUCGUCGUGAGAUGAUGGCUCGUGAGCACCAGUACGACAAGCUUGGUAAGUUUAACUACUGCAUGGAGGCGGUUGAGAUGGAGACUCUGUAUGAUGACUGGCAGAUGCCCUGCAUUGACUCUAUGUUGGUUGGCAAUAUUGCUCGUUUUUUAAAUCAUUCAUGUGACCCUAAUGUGGAGGUUAUAACUGUAUGGCGUGGUGACGAUUUCCCGUGCAUUGCUGUCUAUGCUAUUCGUGACAUUCCGGCUGGUGAGGCUCUGACCUACUGUUACGGUUCUCAGUACAAGAGUAUCCCAUGCCUCUGUGGCACUGACAAGUGCAAGGGCGUCAUCGGCAACAUAUAACAACGUAAUGUAGUGUUAACAUAGCU